GCUUUGUGUGAGUGUGAUGCUAAUUGGAAGACAGAAUAUACAUAUUAUGCAAGAGUUAGCAGCUGAGUGCUGUAUAAAGGCUGAGGGUUACAGUCCUACCUCUAUCAUAGUGAUGUCAGUAACAAAGGCAUAUGCACAUCCACUGGCACUUCUAUACUUGAUUAAACUUUAGGUUUUCUGAUAUAUAUAUUUGAUUUAUUUGUAUUAACGUUGUGCUUAUACUGGUAAAUAUGAAGGAUAACUUAGAGAGAAAUUUAUGCAGCAGAAGUGCUGUGGGCUAUUCAAAUAAAAAAGACACAACCAUAACAGGCUUCCGACGGUUACAUGAUGAGGCACCCUCUCUACUUUCUGUGGCUCAGAAUUCUAAGGAACCUCCUGAAAGGGUUGGAAAUAAAAAAAGGAUGAAAUUGGCGGCUGCAUCUGGUGAUAUGGGCACCACUAAUGCACAGACCUUUUCUGACUCGAUGGUAUCUGCCUGGAAACAAGCAAAGAAACCCAGUCUUGCUUUUGACAACAGGGGAUAUGAAGGGAGCCCAGGAGACCUGCCCUCUUUGCCUGAUGAUGUGGGCUCAGUGGUGGUGGCAAUUGAAGGCAUGACUUGCCAGUCCUGUGUGCAGUCAAUUGAAGGAAGAAUAUCUAAAGUAUCAGGGAUAGUAAGCAUAAAUGUAUGCCUGGAACAGAAUACUGCUGUUGUAAAUUAUUUACAGUCAGAAAUAACGCAACAUAAAAUUUGUGCAGAGAUUGAAGACAUGGGUUUUGAUGCAAGCUUAUCAGAAGAGAGCGGGAUUUCAUCAUCUCUAAAAUCUACAUAUUAUAGUGAUGAUGUGACAAAAAUUAGAGUAGAAGGCAUGACAUGCCAGUCUUGUGUCAACACAAUAGAAGGCAAAAUAGGCAAAAUUCAGGGUGUGCAGAAGAUCAAAGUGUCCCUCAACAGUCAAGAAGCAAUCGUCACAUAUCAGUCAGACAUCGUUCAACCAGAAGAUCUGAGGAAAUACAUAGAAGACAUGGGAUUUGAAGCUUCCAUUAAAAACAAACUAGAUCCAACAAAGCUUGGGACAAUUGAUGUACAAUGCUUGCUGAACAGCUCUGCACAAAAUAAUUUAGGGGACGACCUUACUCUCAGCACUGAAACUGUGAUUCUAGGGAUAGAUGGCAUGCACUGUAAGUCUUGUGUGCACAACAUUGAAGGAUAUGUAUCUGGCCUUGCCGGCAUUCAGAGUAUCAAAGUCUCACUCAAGAACAAAAAUGCCGUUGUGUGUCUUUCUCGUGGUUCUACCUCACUCUUAUCCUUAAAAAAAAGCAUUGAAAGUCUUCCUCCAGGGAACUUUAAAGUAACACUUCCAGUGGGAGUAGAAAAGGGCCCAUCAUUAACAAGAAACAAAUGGUAUCCUUCUCAUACAAACCAGAGUAUAGGUGGGAACAUGGCUUUAAUUAGUAUUGGGGGAAUGACCUGUGGAUCUUGCGUAUCAUCAAUUGAAAACACGAUUUCACAACGGAAGGGCAUACUGCAUAUAUCUGUUUCUUUAGAUGAACGGAAUGGGAAGAUUUUCUACAAUCCAUGUGAAACAAAUGCAGAGGAGUUACGAGCAGCCAUAGAACAUAUGGGAUUUCACUCCACUCUUGUAUCUGAUAACUCACCUUCUACAAGCUGUAGUCAGUACAACUCCUGGGAAGAGGAAACCAAGCAUACCACUUCGAAGACCACAAGGAAAAUUGAUGGCAGUCAAAACUACAUACUGGAUGUUCUACCCCAAAAAUCUCACCCGGACUUUGCUAAUGAUUUAUAUGACACGGCUCUUGAGAAAUGUUUCUUGCAGAUCACAGGAAUGACAUGCGCAUCGUGUGUUUCUAACAUCGAGAGGAACCUGAAAAAGAAAGAUGGAAUUGUGUCCGUGCUUGUAGCACUAAUGUCUGGCAAAGCAGAGGUCAAGUUCCACCCAGAAAGAAUCCAGCCACUGGAAAUAGCACAACUGGUUGAAGAUCUAGGCUUCGGGGCAGCAGUAAUGGAAGAUUACACGGCUACUGAUGGCAGUGUGGAGUUAAUUAUUACAGGAAUGACCUGUGCUUCUUGUGUUCACAACAUUGAAUCCAGGCUAAUGAGAACCCCUGGCAUUUUGGAAGCAUCGGUUGCUCUAGCUACGUGCAAAGCCCAAGUCAAGUUUGAUCCAGAGACUGUUGGUCCACGAGAUAUAAUUCGUGUUAUUGAGGGAAUUGGCUUUCAAGCUUCUUUGGCCAAAAGAGAUCCAACAGCUCAUAAUCUAGACCACAAAGAGGAAAUAAAACAGUGGAGAAAUUCCUUCCUUUACAGUCUUCUAUUUGGGAUCCCUGUUAUAAUCCUCAUGAUUUACAUGUUUGCUGCUAACAAAGAUCAUCACAGUACUAUGGUGCUUGACAGAAAUAUUAUCCCCGGCCUGUCAAUAAUAAAUCUUGUCUUUUUCAUUCUCUGUACCUUUGUUCAGACCCUUGGAGGCUGGUAUUUUUAUGUUCAAGCUUAUAAAUCUCUGAAGCACAAGGCAACUAAUAUGGAUGUGCUGAUUGUCCUGGCCACCAGUAUUGCCUACAUUUACUCUGUGGUUAUUCUGGCAGUGGCCAUGGUGGAGAAAGCCGACAAAAGCCCAGAGACUUUUUUUGAUACCCCUCCGAUGCUGUUUAUGUUUAUUGCCCUGGGAAGAUGGCUGGAACAUAUUGCAAAGAGUAAAACCUCUGAAGCUCUCGCCAAGCUGAUAUCCUUACAAGCUACGGAGGCCACAGUUGUUAUAUUUGGUGCAAAUCAAACCACUCUAAGAGAAGAGCAGGUAGCUGUAGAAUUAGUUCAAAGAGGAGACAUUGUGAAGGUUGUCCCAGGGGGUAAAUUCCCCAUUGAUGGAAAGGUCAUCGAAGGAACUUCAAUGGCAGAUGAAUCUCUCAUUACAGGUGAGCCGAUGCCCGUAAGGAAGAAGCCUGGGAGCAUGGUUAUUGCUGGUUCCAUCAAUGCACACGGCACAGUCCUUGUUGAAGCCACGCAUGUUGGAUCUGAAACCACUUUGGCACAGAUUGUUAAACUUGUGGAGGAAGCUCAAAUGUCCAAGGCACCUAUCCAGCAGCUGGCAGAUAAAAUAAGUGGAUUCUUUGUUCCUUUUAUCAUCAUUAUUUCUGUUGUGACUUUGGUGACUUGGAUAACAAUUGGCUUUGUCAAUUUUGAUAUCAUAGUUAAAUAUUUUCCAAGUUACAAUAAAAAUAUGUCUAAGACAGAAGUCAUAAUACGUGUGGCAUUUCAGACCUCCAUUACGGUGCUGAGCAUCGCCUGUCCCUGUGCUUUGGGCCUGGCAACACCCACGGCAGUAAUGGUUGGAACAGGAGUGGCAGCUCAGAAUGGAAUCCUUAUCAAAGGCGGUGAACCACUGGAGAUGGCUCACAAGAUAAAUGCAGUGAUGUUUGACAAGACCGGCACCAUAACCCAUGGGGUGCCUAAAGUCAUGAGGGUGCUGCUGCUAGGCGAUGUGGUGAAGAUGCCUCUGAAAAGAAUGCUAGCAUUGGUGGGGACAGCAGAAGCCAGCAGUGAACAUCCUUUGGGAAUGGCAGUUUCAAAAUACUGCAAGGAGGAACUUGGUACGGAAUCGCUAGGAUAUUGUACAGAUUUCCAGGCUGUCCCGGGAUGUGGCAUCAGCUGUAAAGUGAACAACAUAGAGAGUGUUUUAGUCCAGAGUGAAGAAGGACUAAAUGAACAGAAUUCCUACAGAAAUUCUCUCAUCAGUACCACAGACAGCUCUUUGAUUAUCACACCAGAAUUAUUAGGUGCACAAGCUCCAGUAGCCCACACUGUUUUAAUUGGCAAUCGAGAAUGGAUGAGACGCAACGGGCUACACAUCUCCACUGAUGUUGAUGAGGCCAUGUCCAGCCAUGAGAUGAAAGGACAAACAGCAAUACUAGUGGCAAUAGAUGGUGAGCUGUGCGGAAUGAUUGCCAUCGCAGACACGGUGAAACAGGAGGCGGCUCUCGCUGUACAUACCCUAAAAAGCAUGGGAAUAGAUGUGGCUCUGAUUACAGGCGACAACAGAAAAACUGCUAAAGCUAUUGCUACCCAGGUUGGCAUCAAGAAGGUUUUUGCCGAAGUUCUUCCCUCCCAUAAAGUUGCAAAGGUUCAAGCUCUCCAGAGUGAUAAGAAGAGGGUGGCCAUGGUAGGAGAUGGAGUGAAUGACUCGCCGGCGCUUGCCAGAGCUGAUAUUGGCAUUGCCAUUGGCACCGGGACUGAUGUGGCCAUUGAAGCUGCAGAUAUAGUUCUUAUCAGGAAUGAUUUAUUAGAUGUGGUUGCCAGUAUCGACCUCUCAAAGAGGACAGUGAGAAGAAUACGACUAAACUUUAUAUUUGCUUUAAUAUAUAAUCUUCUUGGCGUACCUAUUGCUGCAGGUGUGUUCAUGCCAGCGGGACUUGUGUUACAGCCUUGGAUGGGCUCGGCUGCAAUGGCAGCUUCCUCUGUCUCUGUGGUUUUGUCCUCAUUGCAGUUGAAAUGGUAUAGGAAACCAGACGCAGACAGGCAUGAAGCUCGUGCACAGGGACACAUGAAGCCUCUCACCCCAUCACAGAUAAGUGUUCACAUUGGGCUGGAUGAGUGGAGAAGGGAAUUGCCAAAGACCAAUGACUGGGAUCAGAUCAGCUACAUGAGCCAAGUGUCCCAGAAGCUGAAGCCGCACAAUUCUCUUGUAGAGCCGCAAGACAAGUGGUCACUGCUCAUCAACGAAACACCCGAGGAUCAGCUGAUCUGAAUACCUGUUUAAUGGGAGGUGGCAUCAUAAUAUGAAACUGAUCACCCGGACUUGUGUGCCCCCAUUGGGAGUGUGAAUGAACUCAUGGACAGAUUGGAAGGAUUACACUUGCUUUCUGUCUAGCAGUGAAUAGUCAUCUAUGUAUCUUUCUUUUUAUACUGUUUGGCCAUAAAGGAAGUUUUUUAAAAGCAUAUAAUAGUGAGAAGUGGAAAGACAAGGAACCCAGUGAUGCUGAAAAGCAGUAGGGUAGAAAAUGAGGAAAGAAGGAGAAGGGGUAUUAUUGUGGCACAGUGCUGUGCUGGAAUAUUAUCAUUCUGCUAGGAAUGGGUGUUAGAAAAUGAUUGCAUAAAUAGGAUGUAAAAAUAUGGGAUAGAAAGGUAGUGGCUGAACAUGUAUGUUUACACAGGGACUCGUACAGGAGAAUGCCAGGGAAAGUUUAUUAACACAGUGGGAAUGGGUGUUUGGAUAUCCUUGCUCUGUGGAGCUGUCAGCUUUCCUUAUAAUAUAUUCAGCACAGAGAAUGUACCUUAUAAUCACAAGUGCAAAGUGCAAUUUUAGGCAUAAAGUCAUCAUGUUUUUUACCAACGUUGCAGUGUUUUCCCCCCAGAAUUCCAGCCAAAUUUUGGCUGUAAGGGAAGCACUGGACACAAUUGCACUUGCACUGCGAUGCAAAUCUUUAGGCGCAACCAGGGUCAGACUGGGGGGCCUACCGGGGCUGCUGCUUUGGGGCCCCUACACCCCCCACCGGGGCCCCUACACCCCCAGCGGGGCCCCCAAACCCCCACCGGGCCCCCUGCCCCAUCGACGAAGACACUUCACCCCCCCCCUCGACUACCCGCUCCUACCCUUUUUUUCUGCUCACGGUGGCAACCGGGUGCCGGAAGGGAGUUCAUGGAGCAGGACUAACAGGUCUGAGCCAGUGGGGCCCACCAAAUUCUUUCCCAGUGUCCCGCUGGCCCAGUUCCAACACUAGGAGCAACUACAUUGUAUCUGUUGAUGCAGUCAUGAAAAUGUAACCUAGUUGCAACACUGCAGUGUCCCAUAUCAUCCGAUCAGGCUCAUGCCUGCAUUAGGCUUAUAAGCAUUUAGCUGAUCACAGCCAACUGUUAUUUAAAGGUGAACUAUCGCGAAAAUGAAAAUUUAAUAUAAGCUGCAUCAUACUGAAACUUUCUAAAUACAA